AUGGCCACUUCUAGUAUGCUGGGACACAUACCAGCCUUAUGCAGGUGGGCCAUGAUGGGUGCCUGGAUUAUGGCAGGUAGUUGGAAUAUACAGCUAGCCAGCUUUCAUGCCAGUAUUAGUGGGCCAGAUGGAUCACAGCCUCCAGGAUAUUUCCAGUGGUUUGGAAAGCACACUAGUGGGAUUCUAUUGGGCUGGUAUGACUUCCUGACAUUUCCAGUUAGCUGGGUCAGAUCCCAUGUUAUUGCCAUGGUUCAGAAGGCAUUCCAGUGGGAUGGUAUUGGGCUGUGGGCUGGUGGCAGUUGUUUGGCAUCAAUUCUGAACCAACUCCAGUUGGCCAGGAUGGAUGACACCCUCUGGGCUGUCUACAGUGGUUCAGAAGGCACUCCAAUGGGAUUCUAUUGGGCUGGUAUAUGUUCUGGCAAAGUCCAGUCAGCUGGGCCAAAUUCCCAGUUGAUGACCAUAACCCAGGACACAUACCAGCCUUAUGAUAGGGGACCAGGACAGAUGCCCAGCCUAUGGUAG